CCCGCAGAGAAAGUAGUAACCGCAGCCCGCCCAAGCAAAUAGUAGAGGCGAUGGGAGGAGGAGGGGCGAGGGGGAAGGAGUUCGGGAGCAUGGAGGAGUUCUGGGGGUUCUACCUGGGCCAGCACUCGAAGCCGGCCACGCGGCGCUGGCACUUCGCCGGCACGCUCGCCUCGCUGGUCUGCGCGCUGCUGGCGGCCGCCACCGGCCGCGCCGCGCUCCUGGUGGCCUGCCCCGUGCUCGGCUACGGCAUGGCCUGGUACAGCCACUUCUUCGUGGAGGGCAACCGGCCGGCCACGUUCGGCCACCCCGUCUGGUCCUUGCUCUGCGACUACCGCAUGUUCGCCCUCAUCCUCACCGGCCGCAUCGACGCCGAGCUCGCCCGCCUCCGCAUCCACCCACGCCUCGCCUCCGACUGACCGAUCAGCCCGUCUCUUCGCCGUCCGUUCCGUGCCAACAUCAAUCAAUCAAUCAGUAAAAAUUCCGCAGGUGUGGAUUCCUCGGGGAAAAAACACUUGCAGGAGUAUUUACCUACUACUGAGCUUCCUGGUGUAUGUGUACUUGCUGCAUAUCUCUCUACGCACAGAAAAAUAAUACCAUGUGUCUUCGCCUCU